AUGGUCAGGAAGCUAAAAUACCAUGAAAAGAAACUACUGAAAAAGGUAGAUUUUCUCUCAUGGGAGGUAGAUAAUAAUCUGCAUGAGAUUAAAAUUAUGAGAAGGUUUUAUAUUCAGCGGAGAGAAGACUACACACUGUAUAACAAAUUGUCAAGGCAGAUUCGAGACAUCGCAAGAAACAUCAAAGAAAUGGAUCAGAACCACCCACGAAGAAUUGUCUUUACCCAGCAGCUUCUAGAAAAAUUACACAACAUGGGCUUGGUUCCAACAAAGCGCUCCCUGGCCCUAGCAGACAAGAUUACGGCAACAUCGUUUUGUAGACGAAGACUUCCCGUGUUGAUGGUGCGCAACCAUAUGGCUGAAACGUUGAAGGCGGCAACAACUUUCAUAGAGCAGGGGCACGUGAGAGUGGGCCCUAACGUCAUUGAUGACCCUGCCUAUCUGGUCACAAGAAGCAUGGAGGACUUUGUAUCCUGGAAGGACACCUCAAAGAUCAAGAAACAAGUUCAGGAAUAUAAUGAUAUUAGAGAUGAUUUUGACUUGGCUUAA